AUGAACAGACCGCCACAGGGCCGUGGUCAGCCACGCGUGGGUGCGACAUGGUAUCCAGGGGGCCAGGAUGACUUCUACAUGCCAGAGGUCAUAUCCCCCUCUCCUCAGCGAGUCAUGGCCGACGUGCCGGAGCACAUGCAGGACAACAUUGCUCAGAUGGAACAUAACGCCCGAGACCCCCGCCGUGGUCAGCAGUCACCCGCGCAGUACCAACGCGCCCAGGCUCACUUCCCCGAGCGAACCUCGUCCGCUGCCCAAGGGCCACCACAACACAAUCAGGUCCACGACCCCAGUUCCUACGCGCAAUCUGCGACCUAUGACAGCAUGGAUCACCCCAAUUUCUCGCCGUUUCCCGUGCUGCGAAAUCCACCACCAAAUGUCCCUCCCACCGAUGAACAGCGAGAAGCCAGUUUAGAACGCGCGCGGAUGGCGGUGCUUUCGACCACAGACCCGGAGAUGCAACUGGCGUGGGCUCUGGACGCGCUGGCGUUCGUCGAGGUGGCCGCACAGAAUGAAGCCCGCCUCUGUUUAACCCAGCCGCCGCGCCCGCAGACUCCACAGAUUGAACGGCAGUUGCGGGUCGACGCAAUGAACAUUGUCGGCUUCUUAGCCGAACAGCGGCAUCCCAAGGCGGAAUUCAUCAAGGGCAUGUGGCUUGAGUUCGCUAAAUUUGGUUAUCCUCAGGAUCGCAAGGAGGCAUUCCGAUGCUAUUCGCGCGCCGCUGAGAAGGGGUAUGCGCGUGCCGAAUACCGGAUCGGAAUGCAGUUCGAGAGCUCGGGGGAGCCGGAGAAGGCGAUUAGGCACUAUCAGCGGGGUGUUGCACAGGCAGAUUCUGCCUCAUAUUAUCGCCUCGGAAUGAUGAUUCUCCUGGGACAACAUGGCCAGAUCCAGGAUUUCAACACUGGGUUGGAGUACAUUCGAUUGGCAGCUCAGUCCUGCGAUCAGAACGCACCUCAGGGUGCAUACGUAUACGGUAUGCUUUUGGCUCGCGAGCUUCCUCAAGUGAGCGUCCCAGAAAGUUUCCUUCCUCUCGAUCUCAAUUUGGCACGUGUCAAUAUUGAAAAAGCUGCAUAUCACGGGUUCGCUAAAGCCCAAGUCAAAAUGGGUGCUGCAUAUGAGUUGUGUCAGUUAAGUUGCGACUUCAACCCGGCGCUGUCGUUGCAUUAUAACGCACUGGCAGCUCGUCAGGGCGAACCCGAAGCUGAGAUGGCGAUCAGUAAAUGGUUCCUAUGUGGGCAUGAGGGUGUCUUUGAGAAGAACGAUGAAUUGGCAUUCACGUAUGCGCAACGUGCCGCCCAGAGUGGCCUUCCCACUGCCGAAUUCGCCCUUGGUUACUUCUAUGAGGUUGGUAUAUUUGUGCCAGUUGAUAUUAAAGAAGCCCGGUCUUGGUACGCCAAGGCCGCCGCCAGCGGCAACAAGGAUGCUUCGGGUCGGAUUGAGAGUAUCUCGCGCUCUAAGACGCUCUCCAGAAAGGACCACGAGAAGGUUGCCAUCUCACGCAUUAAGUCCACGCGAUAUACCGCUCACCAGCGAGGCGGGUCUUUGGAUACGACGCCCGAGAAUAUACAAAUGCCGGAUCCUUCGCGAAUGACCUUGUCUGACGGCCCACCGUCUGCUGCUCCUUACCCUGAUCGUCCCCAGACCUCUCGUCCCCGGCCUCCGGGCCAGGGUUACCAAUUGCAAGAUACCCGCCCAAGCUCUGCCUUUGGCGUCAACCCGAACCUCCGGACCAAUGGCCCGCCUGGCUAUGGCGGUCCUUCUCCUGGUGGACCGGGAUCUCGUACCCCGUCCUAUGGACAGGGACCCUCCGGACCCAUGAACUAUCGCCAACCUGGCCCUGGCACACCCAUGAGCGCGCCCGCCGGACCAGCAAGCCCCCAGGCUGCCAACAUGAUCAGUCCCAGCGGAACCCCGCGUCUCGAUGUUGGUUACUCUGCACCAAUGCCACCCCCAGGUGACCGCAGACGCCCGCCGCCACAACUCAACCAGGCCCCUCCGGACCGCAAGCCCAUUAGAACUCCUGUCUCUGCCCACUCGGCUCAGUCUGGGCUGCCUUCGCCUAGAACUGCGGCCUCACCACGCCCACCGGGAUCUCCUUCGUUCCCUCCCCGCAUGGAAUCGCGGCAGCCAUCUCGAGGAUCGGGCACCUCCACGCCCCAACCGCCACCCUCUAUCGCAUCAUCGACCUCCUCAGCACCUCCCAAGUCUUCCGCUGGUAGCGCUGCUGGAAGUGCUGCUGGAAAGCCUGCCAAGUCCAGUGGCCAGCUGCCAGGCAAGGGACCCAAGACCUUUGAAGAAAUGGGUGUCCCUAGUGCCAAAAAUGACAGUGAUUGCAUUGUGAUGUGA